AAGUUAGCUUAGUCAUGUGCACUAGGCGUGGUUCCGGCCAUUGAGAGGCGGCGGCGGUUGUUGUUGUGCAGAAGAAGCGCAGUAGCUUGCACUGAAGUGUAUCCGGCUAACUCGUUAUUUUUAAACUAUUUUAGAAAUGGAUGCCCAAAAGCCCCGGAGCAGCAACCAGACGUCCCCGUCCGUGAAGUUGUCGAAUGGCUUCAUUCUUCCCGAAGGCAAACUGACCCCCAACGCCCUCUUUGUUGGUGGGAUCGACAUGAAGGUGGAUGAAAAUGAAAUGCGGGACUUCUUUGCAAGAUAUGGAGCCGUUAAGGAAGUAAAAAUUAUCACAUAUCGUGGAGGGAUCUGCAAAGGGUACGGGUUUGUGUACUUCAACGAAGACGUCAACAUUCAGUCAAUCAUUGAGCAACAGAUCAGUUUUAAGGGUCGGAAGCUCAAGCUGGGUCCUGCCAUCAUGAAAGAAAGGACCUCCCGUUCCAUGCCGUCCCGUCUGGUUGGCCCUGCUCCCUGGAUAAGCCCCACUCAGUACUUCUACUGCGGCUGCUGUUCACCCAUGGGAGGGGGUAUGCCACAACCUUCGGCUGUCCUCAAUGGGGGAAGCCCUUACAAUCAGCCGUACUCUUACUCAAACUUCGGAGGGGUCAUGAUCCCACAGAUGCCGUUAAACUACGCACAGAAUGCUUACGCCUACCAGAGCUUUGUUGACUGUGGAGUCCAGACUAUGAUGACUGUAUUGUAGCCACUGAGCCCCCUGCCAGAUGCACGCUACAGUGAGUCACAAUGCAGACGCGAUGACAUCUUGAUGUUCCGGGUGGCUGGAGGCAAACUAGCUUCUCUCACUGUUUCCUGAAUGAUGCGCUUCCCUCUUUUUCCCCUCCCUCAAUUUUUGAUACCAAUUUUAACACCAGGCUGCAGGAGCUCUCCACUUUAACACUUUGACCGCGACUGGUGUGGACCGCUGUCGUGUGGUCAGACCGCUUUUAACCCACACGGAUCACAGUGACAGUCACACAGGAAGAGAAAAAAAAAACCCUCGCCAUACCAGCUGGAUUUUGUUUGUUUUUUAUAUACAAAAGAAAAAAAAGACUUUUAAGCUCACCCUUUUGUGCCUAUUUAUGUUAUAUUUAUUUUUUGGAAUUAUAUUAUACGUUUGGUUAGUUGGGGCUUUUUUAGCCUCUGCAAAGGCUCUGUGUAUGUCAAAGGUACAUUUAUAAAUAUAUAUAUGUGUAUUGCAACAAUCUUGUAGUUUGAGAAGUUGGCGCAAAAUGUGACUAAUUCCAAUUCAGUGCUCCCUUUUGAUUACGAGAUUUAAUUAACUUGUCUGGUACAGUAUAAGGGCACAUGGUCAUUCCAUAAAUUUCAAGCACUCAUUCAUUUUGUUCCCUAUUCUAUUUAAUUGGUUGUCAAUUGAGGCUGUAAAUGAACAGCAGUUUUGUCUCAUUUCGGCGGCGUGCAGACUUUGCACGUAGCAGCGUAGGACCCAUGGUCCGUGUGUUGCGUCUCUAAGCCGGCUCGUCCUGUGACCGGGUGGUUCUCCCAAACGGGUCGCACCACAAGUACAAUCCGCCAUCGUUCCUUUAUUUUCCCCCUUUACUAGUCAAUCAACUCUCAUUCGGAAGGAAAUACAGAGUAAGGCUGUUUUAAUCCACUUUGAAAAUGAAGGGCGGGAUUGAAAAGUGCUCUCUGCUUGCUUCUUUGGGGGAAAUCAUUUACUGUACAUGGUUCACUUUAUACUUUUGGUUUCUCCAGGUGGGUUUUAAUCCACUCGCGGGGGAAUUUGCACAAAGUACUUUGCUGUCAUUGUAAGAGCGAACAAUGAGGCUUUUAUAAAUGUAUAUAUGUGUAUUCUGUAAGUGCACUGCAUUUGUUUUCUGUGAAAUUUAUACACUGAAAGAGUAUCUUUGUAUGGUUGAAGGUGAACAUUUGGUAUUUGGUGCAUGUCACACGCUUUAUUUUACUUGACCCAGUUCUGCCUUGUUUUCGUAGUGGCAUUGACCCAACGGGUCUCCUAAUCCGACGUCGGGUCCGUAGACUUGUUUCUGUUCAGAGAACCUGGGCGCUGCACUGUUUUGGUUUGGGUUUUAUGUUUGCAUGUUUUGGAUGUGUGUUGUUUGACAAAACAAUAAA